CUGAAACAGUCAGCCGCAGCUGGUGUUGUAAAUACAUGUACAUGUUAAAAUAUAUGGACAUUCAGGAACUUAUCUUUCAUGAUCUCUUGUGAUUCUAGAGAUAUGUUUUUCCGUAGCCAUACGUCUUUUUUAAUGUGAAGUAUUCUUAUAUCCCGGUCAUGCUACUGAAUUUCCAAAAGACUGGACAUUAUGACGAUUUUAUAAUUUCACAGAAUGUCUUUUACAACCUCUAACCGGCAUGUGGCCAUUUGUUUCGGUCAAUGUCCCGUGAUCAGAGUUUUAAUUAAAAUUUAAACCACACAAUUAUAUGAAUAUUUUGAUGUAUCAUGUAUAUCAAAAAUAAUUGUUUAUGAAAUUUUCAAUGUGAAAAAUUGAAUGUUUAUAUUACGUGUCAGCCUGUGGAUCAUGUUAUUUACCAGCGUUAUACAUUAAGGAAAAUAAAACCAUCUCCGUAUAUUAGCAAAUUCAUAGAGCGGGUUUGUUUACAUUUUCGUCUUGCAGCCCUUUCGCAUUAUGCAUCAUGGUAGUUAAAAUUGAUUUUAAAUCAAUCAGCGUAGAGGAGGAACGACUCAAAAUUUCUGCGAAUGAUAAGAUCUGUGAUAUUGAUAUCUGUGAUGUGAUUGGGUGUGACCUCUUAGAGGAACCAGCUGGAUUCUUGUCUGCUCUUUUUGGGUCCUAUCCUUACCUUGUCGUCAGGUACAUCUCUAAAGGUAAAAACUACAAGUGGACAGCAGAAACUCUGCAGGUCGCAGGGUCGAAAGAGGAAUGUGAGGCACUACAGAACAAAAUCAAUGGAAUACUAGGUCAAGCUAAUCUCAGACCUAGGAGACUCGGAAUCUUUAUUAACCCUGUUGGAGGAGGCGGAAAUUCUCUGAAUGUGUACAAAAACGUUGUCCAUCCAUUGUUUAAGGCAGCAAACAUCAAAUGUGAUGUCAAUGUUUCUGAACGACCAAAGCACAUGAUUGACCUGAUAAACUGUUUUGACACGGCUAGUGUUGAUGGGUUAGUAAUAGUAGGAGGUGACGGAAGUUUACUUGAAGUCCUCAACUGUCUCCUGACCCGAGCUCAAAAAGAGGCUGAUUUGGAUUACGAUCAACCUACUUGUAAACUUAAACCAUUGGAGGUACCAAUCGGCAUCAUACCAACAGGUACAGGAAAUGGUACAGCCAGAGGUCUCUAUGGUAACAUGGACGUGGUUACGGCGGUCCUCCAUAUUAUCAGGGGUCGCACAAAUUAUAAUAAUAUUCAGGCAGUAUACAGCGGUGGAAAAAUGGUGUCUUUCAGCGGUGUUGUUAUUGCUUGUGGGUUGUUCACAGACAUUAUGUAUGAAACGGAUCGACAGAGGUGGCUGAAAAGAGCAAGAUAUUCAGUUAUACCUCUGUAUAUGCUACUUUUUAAAAGACCGAGACUAUUCAAAGUGAAAUUAUCUAUCUUUUCAGGCAAAUCAACUUCAAAUGACGACUCAAUGGAAGCACAGGACUUAGGUGAAGUGAGCAGUGUGAUGUCUCUAUAUGGUGAUUUCUUUAACAAUGCAACAGAUUCGAAAAUGGAUUUUGUUAAGUUGUCUCGAGAAAGUAGGAAAACAGAUGUCUUCACACUCCUUGCCUUUAAAGAAACAGGGAGACUGGAAUUCAUGUCUUCUUUUCUUCUGUUUUUGUCUUUUACUAGAUCCCUGUUCCAGAAGGACUUUAUUGCUCCAUACACAGUUACGGGAUACAGAGUAAAGAUACUUAGUGGUGACAAGAACUUGCCUCAGGACGCACACGUAGCAAGGAUGAAUAAUUUACUUGAUGUAGACGGGGAAAUGAUUGACUUGGUUGAUGGGGAAUAUGAAGUUUGGAAUCAUAUCAGGAUGGUCAAAUUUUACACUUCUCAUUGAGUACAAUUUGUAUCCAGAUCUCCUGGUGUGAAACGGAUAUGCUUAGAAAGCUACUGUAUUAAGUAAAUGGAAUGACACUGUUGAAUUCAUAAUCAUAUACCAUAAAUUUUUAUGCAUACGUAUGCGCGUGAGUGCGUGUCAAUCCUUAUACAUGUAUCUCAUUUUUAUAUAAUAAUUUCUUAUUUCAUAUGCAAUUAUACUUGUUGAAUAUGUUAUUGGCAUUUCCAGAAGUCUGAUAAUUUUUUUGAUUGUCACUGUUUCAGGUUUUUUUUAAGCGAUAAAUUGGAAUAAUUUCAUCUAUUAUAUAUUCAUGAACGAGUAAACAGAAUAACAAAGAUGUCUCAUUUUAUCGAAUUCUUUUUCAAUAUCAUGUAUAUUUUCGGAAUACGUGUACAAGUACAUGUAUAAUAAAUUAAGUGAUUUGGUAUGGUUAUAGGUAUUAAUGUUUAAAAGUUGACAAUGAAUUAAACACCUAUUAUAUAUUUACUUAUAUAAUGACCCUCUAAAGGGGGGUUAUCGACUUUACUUGAUAAAGAUUAACACGCAGUGUAAUCACUUGAUAUGAUUUACAAAUCAAUCGAACCCGUUUUAAAAAAAAAAUCCUUGUCGUGGUUUUCCUUCAAAAGCACGUGUUAAAGUGUAAAACCCACAGGUUGUAUUGCUAUUUAAAAAAGACGUCAGCUUUCUAAUUACAAAUAUAGACAUUCUAUUACUGUGUUUUAUAUAUAAUGUAACGUAUAAACGUGUAAAGAUAUCGGAAGGGGUUUUACAUCGACUAUUCCUAUUUAAAUGACAUGCUCUGUGGAUUCGCGGUUUUGACUCAUCACCGUUAUUAAGCGGGUAGCCGUUAACCACUGAGGUUUAACCUUCCAGUCCACCACAAGUUCUUGACUUGCAUUUACAGACAUCGUCUGACUAGAUGAAGAAAGAAGUAUGGAUUUAUUGCCAAACAAAGACCAACAUGAAAGUUGCGGACGCUUCCUGCGACGUGCGGGAGACUGUCUUCAUGAGAAGUAUCAGACAUACGGGAAUAAGCUGAGCCUCCAAUUAAUAUUUUUCGGCAAAAAUACAGUGUGUCCUAAAUCAACCGAAGCAAAAUCUAUACAACCUCAUAAUGCGCAGUUUUCAGAUUUAAUUCGAAAAGAAAGGGAUCCCGUCAAACGACUCGGGCGGAGUCUUCGGCUCGCAGCAGACAUAAUGAAUGACAGUGGUUCGGAAGAAGAGCGUUUUCGCAACCAAUUCUCUUUUACUGCAAAUAUUGGCCAAAUACUGCUUUUGUACAGCAAUUUAGUAGCAUUUCUGUAAAAAGAGUUCAUAUUCUCAGACAGGAUUGUGGAAUGAACAUUUGGCGGACUUGAUGAUUGCAUCAAAUUCCAGAAAAUUUCCAUGCACAUUUUAUUGGUCGUAUCUGGCUUUCUGUACAGCAAACAAGAACAUACACCAAACGUACCUGGUUUUCACCCCGCUUAAAGUAAACGGAAAUAAAAGAUGGCAGUGACAAAGAUUAUUUUUACAGGCAGUUUGUUGGUGAAUCCUUGAAAUAAUCACCACUAGCUGCGCAGUAUAUGCUCCAUUUACCUUAACUCUUUCGAGGUCUACCGAUGACGAAAUAUGAGACGUUGACUUAUCUAAUUAGUCAAUCGUAUUGUAAUAAGAUAAUAAGCAACAGUAGCACUGAGCCACAAUGUGAUUAAAUAUACGAUGUCUAAAUGAUCAACUUGUGGUUUCUAAGCUUAUUAGAGGUUAUUCUGGUAAAAUACAUUUAAAGGUCUAUUGAUGUAUACAUGCAGUGUCUUUAAACUACCAAGUCUUUCAAGGACAGACUGAACAUACGUGUUGAACUUUUAAUUUCUGAUCAUAAACUUUGUUUACUGUAUAUAUAGUUAAAACAUUUUCUAUUUAAAUGAGUGCAAUAUUUACCAAAAAGGGAAGCCAUAUGGUUGUACACAGAAGCAAAUAAUUUAAUUAUUUAUUGUUUAUUUGCUAAAGGUAUCUCUAGCAUAGUCUCUUUAUUUUGUGGUUAUUUUUGCCAAAAAUAAAACUUCUGAUUUAAUUUUUCAUUGAAUUUUAUUUUGGUAAUGUUUAAUGUUUUUUAAAGGUUUGCUUUAUUUUUUUAUUGUCUUUUUAUUGGAAAACCCCGAUGUCAUCAUGAUUUUGCUAAUUCAUAUUCGUUAUUUUUGGGUUACACGUGCACCAGGAAAAGGAAAAAAACCCCGGACGAAUGCACUGUGUGAUUUUGAUCACGAGUGUGCAUUUUGGCAUAUAUACUGUUAUACCAUGAAUCUAUGACUUUCAUACUGCAAAGUAUCUGUCAUCAUGAAUACUUCUAGAUCUGUAUAUAUAACAUUGGUGUAUUGAGUCAAAGUCUAAUGUAAUGUACAACUGAAAAUGACUGUUUUAAAUCAUAACUUCUUAUGUUACGCAUUUGGUUUUUGCCCAGAUUUGUGUAAAACGAUACAAACGAUGACAGCGGCAAAGAAUAUUUUUGACUAAUAUUCGUCACUAACUUUCAACGGGUAGUCCUAGAUAUUGCCUCCACAGAAUGCGUAGUAUAUUCGUAUCGUGUUUGUUAUCUUUACAUAAAAUCUUUAAAGAUCUACGGAAGACGAAAUAUAAGACGUUGACUUAUCUAAUUAGUCUAUCGUAUUGUAAUAAUGAUAAUUAACAACAAUAGCGUUGCUCCACAAUGGGAUAUAUUUGUCAACGGUGUUUCAAUUAUCAACUUGUGGUUUCUUUAUCUGCAUGUAUGAGAUAUAGGUCUUAUAGGUUUAAAGGUCUAUUGAUGUAGACAUGCAGUGACUUAAAAGCAGAUUAUAUAUGUAAACACUGAUUACCACCUCGUUCAAGGACACACUGGACACACUUAAUGCACUGUCUUUUUUAUCAAGAUGAUAAACUUCAUUUACAGUAUAUUUAAAAGAGGUUUUUUAAUUGAAGUGCCAUAUUUACCAAAAGGAACAGAGAGUGGAUAUUUUUUGUAACUUUCUUUAUUUUGUCAUAAGUUAGCCAAAAAUGGAAGUUCUAAAUAAAUUUUCCCGAAGAAACUUUGAUUUUGUAACAGAUUUUUCUUACAUUUUGUUUUAGUUUUGUUUAUUGGCAAUCCCAGAUGUCAUCAUGACUCUGCAAAUUUAUACAUAUCGUUCUAUGUACCGGUAAUACUAUGUUCUAUGUACGCGUUGUUUGAAGUUUGGCCUUUUUACAUUGAAUCGACGCUUAUGACCCUGUUACUGUAAGGGAUUUUCAUAUUUACAGUGUCAUUAUGACUACAUCUUGAAUAUAUUAUAUUGCUUUACUGGGUCUUAACACCAAUUUCUUUGCUACAUUUACAACAUACAGAAUAAUGGACAACUGAAAAAACCCACAAUUGGGUUAAACUUUUCAUAACUAAACAUACAGGUAGUUGAUUUUUCCACUAUUUUAAGUUUACAGUAAUAAAAUUCACUUAUCCCUUAGCGUUCAGAUAUUGUCAUGUUUAUAUAUACAGAUGUAUAUGUAUGAUAUAUGAUUUAUAUUGGCUUGUAUUCUGGCAUAAGAUCGACCUAGGGUUUUGACGACCAACGUUCAAGUGGCGGUAAAUGGUGCCACACGCUAUCUGAUAUUUGUAUGCUAUAGAUAGAUAUGCAAACUAUGAUAUCACUACAUAGAUCUCAUUGUGACGUUCUGGAAUAUUAAAAUGAAUAACAUGUAUAUAAAUAAGAACAGUGCAUAUAUGUUUCAACAUAAAGGCAACAAACAGUUUAUAUUUUCUAAGAAAAAGACUUUUCAUGUAUUUUGUCGUCCUAUUUGAAGUGCUUUUUAAAUAAAAAAAAAUACGUUCGAAAUCUGAAAUACCAUUACUACAGUAUGCUGUAAUUGUUGACUUUUAUAUUUACAUCUACCAAGUAUUAUUCCCGCUAUUUCUUACGGAAACUUAAAAUUAAUUCAUAACUCUAUACAAACAGCCAGACGGAAAUCUACACGCCCUGUUUAUCGAUUGGUUAUAAUCUACAGCGACAAGAAACUGACAGGACUGAAAUUGACACGCCCUGUUUAUCGAUUGGUCGAAACCUACAGCGACCUAAGAAAAAUCACGGGCUGAACGAAAUACUCAAGAUGAUGUUAGAGUCAAAGUCUCACAGGAGACGAUUUUGUUGUUUCUUUUAUCUAACGUACUUAUGUACGUUAACAUUAAUUUAGUGAAUUUUACUUACUUUUCAUUAUCAAUUUAUUUAUUAGUUAAAGGAAAGAUGUUAAUAUAAACAAUAAAAUACUUUCUUUGAUGAUUCAUGCGAGUUAUGAAGGUAGCGAUCAUUGCAGAAAAAAUUACAUAACCCUCUAACGCGGGUUAUGUAUUUUUCUGCAAUGUCGCUACCUUCAUAUCCCGAAUGAAUCACCAAAGAAAGCAUUUUAUUGUUUAAAUGGACCUGUAUUGACCGUCAGUUUGAUUUCGAAAGUCUUGUAUUUUUCGCAGUAAUGGUAUUGAACACGUACGUCGGAUACAAAAGAGUCUUGAUUGAAAAAAAAUUACACUGAAUACAAAGACAGCGUGAAAUCAAUAUGUCUAUAUACUUUAAAAACAACAUUAUGUUAAAUGCUAUUAGAACAUCACUCAUUUGUAACGGUGCUUUAAAAGUCCUCUAAGUAGCUCAUGACUUUUGACCGAUCGGUGUUACCUUUGGUGUUACCUUUCUGUACGAUGAUAAGUAAUGGAUAUCAGAUUGUCUGAUUAAACACAAGUAAAUGAUGGUUCACCUAAAACGCGCAAUAAAAUUGCGUAAGCAGAACUUCCGCUAUAAAUAACGCUACUGUGACCUACGAUAAAAACUGGAUUCACUUUGUUCCGCAUAUUUAUAAAAAUAAUCUGUCUUGGCUGUAUUAUUUGGUUGUAAUUUUGGAACCUUAGUAGGUUGAGUCCCUUACUAUUUAGAUCAUGCCCUAUCAAAUGUGGGAUUUACAAAACUGCAGGAAAACUGUUCUGUUCUAAAUUAAUAAAAAUAUCAGUCGUUGUCGGGAGAUUUUUGCUUUGUCAUUUUUAUCCAGAACCACUGCUCCUAUAACCAAAUUUGACACAAAAAAUCAUUCGGUUAAGGGCUUUCAUAUUUGUUCAAAUUGGGACCAUUGAAAUAGGCGACAAUAAGGAAAGGCAAUAUAAAAUUGGUUGUUCAAAAGUCUUCAGAUCUAAUGGCCUGAUGAAAUAUCAAACAAAGUGUUAAAUAAACCUUGAUAAUUUGUAGAUUAAAUUUUGUUCUUAUCAUGACCGAUGUCAUUCAAGUCUAUAGUAUAAUGUUACUAUUUUUAAUAAUCACAUAUAGUUUCAAAGGAUACAGUAUCCAUAUCGCAACUUACACAACAGACAAAAUAAAACAUAGCACACUGUUAAUAAAAUAUACCCUGUCUCCGACCCAAAACCUUAUUAUAUCCUGUUAUAUUUCAUUUCUUACAGAUAAAUCAUUUCAAACAAUUAGAGGCAUGCAUAAGUUUCACUGGGGUAAUCGUAUACACUGAAUGUUUAAUAAAUCGAUUUGACAAUAUUUAACUAAACAGAUCAAAGGGUUUGGGUGUGGUCAA